AUGAAUGAGAGGUGGGAGGAUAAAAGGAAAAGCUUGAGGCUUGAAAGCUAUGGUGUUUAUAGCUUGGAAGGAAGGAAAAGCUUGAGGCUUGAAAGCUAUGGUGUUUAUAGCUUGAAAGGAAGGAAAAGCUUGGAGUUAUGCUUGGUGAGGCUUUAUGGAGAAGAUGAUGGAUUUCAAGGGUGA